AGCGGCGGACACUUUCAUGUGUUUUGUUGUUUGCCAGUAAGAGGUGUUGUCCUCGGAGCUGUUGCAGUAAACCAAGAAGAGAAACUGAAUCUGUUCCAGCGAGAAGAAAUGAGCUCGGUCAGACAGGAAGGUAAAGACCGAAUCAUCUUUGUCACCAAAGAGGAUCAUGAAACACCCAGCAGUGCUGAGCUCGUAGAAGAAGAUCCCAAUGACCCCUAUGAGGAGCGAGGUCUGAUUCUUCCCAAUGGGGAGAUCAACUGGAACUGCCCCUGCCUGGGCGGGAUGGCCAGUGGUCCCUGUGGGACUGAAUUUAAGGACGCCUUCUCCUGUUUCCACUAUAGUAAGGAGGAGGUAAAGGGCUCUGAGUGCCUGGAGCAGUUCAGGGCCAUGCAGGAGUGUAUGCAGCGUUACCCGGAGCUCUAUCCUCAAGAAGACGAGAAGGAGCCACAAGAACAAUCCUCAGAAACAGACCAGACCUCACAAGAGUCAGCAUCUGCAGAGACAUCAGGUGCCAACUCAACAUCUGCCACUGAGCAAGACUCUAAUACCACACAACCCAACACAGAGGGUUCAGUGGAAAGCUAAUGAUGAGCCUUGGCGACAGCGUGAACCACAAGGCUUUAAAGUCCAACUGAAACACAUUUAAUCAUCCCUUUCGGUAGCCAAAAAUGAUGUCACAGUGUUUUUAAAUUUUACUGUUAAUAUUUUUUUAUUGUUUGAAGGAAGAAACAAAGGUUGGGGGGGGGGGAGUCAUAAACAUCUUAGCGACUGGAGGGUGUGUCUGUAUUUGUUUUAUUGAGAGCAGCUAGCAGGCUGAGUGACCAGCAGGGGAACCGGUGACAAAACUGACUUGCACUGUAGCUUUUAAGUCAUUUGCACAUAGUGUGUUAGCGUUAGUGAUAUUGAAAAGUAAGGAACGCGCCAGCAUCUAAUGUGCUACAGCUAAUUAGCUUUCUUGCUUACAAACUGACAUUAGCAGUGCACUUUUUCCCAGUGAAUAUUUGGUUGUUAGAUCACAAUAUGUGUGCUCGUACAGUAAGUUACAUAAGAAAAGAAGCUAAUAAAUUAUGUGGCUAAGGCUUUAUGCAAAUAUAUGUUUUAGAAUUGUGUCAUUUUUGAUUGGCCGUGUGGAAACAAGUUCUCCAUCUACCUAAACGGAGCACUAAAGGUAUUCUGAUGGAUUAAUGCACAUGUAGACUGUACCAUCAUGAAACCAAAUUAAUUUCUCUCUUUUGGUUUCUGAUUUGUCCUCCGACGGGAACACAGGACAUGUGGUUUAUAGAGUAAACGUAUGCUUUAGCAGAUAAAACAGAUGACCUUUAAAUGUCAGUUGGACUUUAAACAUUGUAUGUUGAAUAAGAUGGACUUAUACUUUUGUAAAACUAAUAUAAUGUGAUCAAUGAAAGAUGACUGUAUACUGUGUUUAAAUUCAAGCUGUUCAGUCCUGGCCUUGGGUAUGAAUCAUGUGAAACAAAAUGAUAAAAUCUUUGAUCCAUUCAAGAGCUUAGAGGACCAAGCUUAGUAUACACACUGUGGUGUGUAGUGUACUUUUUUAAAAAUUAUUUACUUUGAUGGUUUGAAAUGCUGUGUUUUACCAUAACAAGGUCUGAAGCUGUAAGAUUACAGUAAAAACAUGUUUUCUUCUCAUACAUUUUUCAUUCCCAUUCUCUCAUGUCUGCUAUUUUUACAUUUAUUUCAUGGAGUUUAGCAUAUAGCAUGUUACAUGUACGUUAUGUGUUUUACAAUCAGGUUUUGUAUUAAUUUUAAACUUUGACUCAAAGUUUAUAUUAGUAAUGUUACUGAUAAAGUUGUUAAAUUCACAUGGGUGUGAAGAAUGUACUGAAGAAAAGUGUGUUUCCACAGUUAUCCACUGACCUGUGUUUCUUCUGCUAAUUUAUAACCAGACUUAAAACUUUUACCUCGGCUGAACUUAAGAACCGUUUGUGUGCACCACGGGACUGAUUGAAGUGACUUAACGUGAAUAUUGUUAAAAGUUUCAUAAUUAAAUGCAUUGUAUCUCUUUGGUUCUUGAGAGGUAUUCUUGUUGUUUAUCCCUUAUAUUUCCUUUGCAAUAAUGACCUUAAA